AUGCGACCUGAUAAGAGCUAUACGUAUUUUUUUUACAGACAUCCGUUUGUUGAUAACGACGACGACCAAGACCCGGUGGAAUUUGUGACCGACAACAUCGCCGUCACCGAUGACUCUUCAAGCGAUGAAGAUGACGAGCCUCAUGACAACAGUGACGAUGACAACCAAGAAACACCGCAUGAAUCUGCUCAUACUGCUAUUGACUCAAGUGAAUCCAUUGUUGAAGAUGACGAGUUUGAAGACUAUUCCUAUUUGGACAAUGAUACAUCUAAUACACUGACUUCGCUCGUUAUCAAUCAGAAUGAUCUAUUCGAAGUUAUUUAUAAAGAUAUCUAA